AUGAGCACUCGGGGCGAGAAGCUGCUGCUGCUGCUGGCGCUGCUACUGUCUCGGGUGGAACCCGAGGAGGAGAAGGAGUCGCUGGAAGUGGACCUGUUGUCAGGUAAGGCGCCCAGGAUGCCCGCUACCUGUGUGACUGUGGUGCGCCUGCACCGGGGUGCAAAGGACGCCUCAUCCGUUCCUCUCCCUCACCCCAGAUUCGAGGACUCAUCUGUGUUUGAAAGGCCAUGCGGCCACCGGACCCUCCCGUCUCGCGUGGUGGGUGGAGAGAACGCGAGACUCGAGAGCUGGCCAUGGCAAGGGAGCCUGCGCCUAUGGGGCAGCCACAUGUGCGGAGCCAGCCUGCUCAGCCGCCGCUGGGUGCUCACUGCCGCCCACUGCUUUGAAACUUCUCUUGAUCCCUUUGAGUGGACGGUCCAGUUUGGGGAGCUGACUUCUAGGCCAGGUAUCUGGAACCUGCAAGCCUACUACAAUCGUUACCAAGUGGAAGAUAUCUAUCUGAACCCCCAAUUCAAGGGGAAGGCACCCUAUGACAUUGCCCUGCUAAGGUUGGACUCCUCUGUCAAGUACACAAACCUUAUCCAGCCUAUUUGCAUCGUUCCCUCCGCGUUGGAAUUCGAGAACCGGACUGACUGCUGGGUGACCGGCUGGGGAGACAUCAGAGAGGGUGAAGAUCUGCCAUCUCCUUACACCCUCCAGGAAGUGCAGGUCUCCAUCAUCAACACCACCAUCUGUAACCACUUGUACCAAAUGUCAGACUUCCGCUAUAGCAUCUGGGGAGACAUGGUUUGUGCCGGACAGCUCGCAGGAGGCAAGGAUUCCUGCUUCGGUGACUCAGGAGGACCCUUAGUCUGCGAACUGGAAGGGCUCUGGUAUCAGAUUGGAAUUGUGAGCUGGGGAGUGGGCUGUGGUCGACCCAACCGGCCUGGAGUCUACACCAACGUUAGUCAGCACUUUGACUGGAUCCGGAUGCUGAUAGCCCGUAAUGGCAUGCCCAGGCCUGACCCCUCCCCUGCACUGCUGUUCCUUACUCUGCUCUGGGUUCCCAGGCUCCUGGGACCAGUCUAA